CCCCUCAGCGGCCUCUUCCUGCGACGAUGGCGGCGGCGGUGGCUGCGGCGUCCCCUUCUUCGUCGUCGCGCUCUUCUCCGCCGCCGCCGCCGCCCUCCCCUCCUCCUCCUCCUCGGUGCCCCGGCUCCGGCCUCGGGGAGCGGCUGGCGCUGGAGACCCUGGCCGGGCUGGUCCGGGGCCGAUGCGGAGGGAGCCCCGCGGAGCCCCCGAAGGGCCUGGCCGGACUGGUCCGCUGCGCCCGGGAGGCCAUCGGCGGAGGAGCCGGGAACGCGCAGGUGCGGGGCGGGAAGGAGGAGAGGGCGCUCCGGGGCAUGUGCAGAGCGCCGCCCUCCCUCGCUGACCCCGGUCUCUUUCAGGCGUCGUCGCUUCCGCUCGGGGGCUUGGUCGGCCUGAGCAGCGCCCGCCUGGGAUCCAUCAAAACCCGCUUCGAGGGCCUGUGCCUCCUGUCGCUCCUGGUGACGGAGAGCAGCACCGAGACCUUCGCCCAGAACUGCCUGCCGUGGCUCCGCAGCCUCCAGCACCUCCUGCAGUCUCAGGACCCACCCCCCACCAUGGAGUUGGCCGUCCUUGUCCUGAGGGACCUCCUGGAGUACUCCUGCCAGCUGCCAGACGUGGCGCGAGAGAUCAGCACCAACCACAUACCAGGCCUCCUCACCUCUCUGCUGGCCCUCAAGUCGGAGUGCCAGCUCUCUGCCCUGGAAGGAAGCAAAGCCUGUAUGAUGUUUUAUCCCCGCGCCUGUGGCUCCUUGCGCGGUAAAUUGGCAGCCUACUUCCUUUCCUCUGUAGACGCCGAAAUGCCUCGCUUGCAACAGCUGGCCUGCGAAUGCUAUGCCCUCCUCCCCUCUCUGGGCUCCGGUUUCACGCAGGGCCUCAAGUACACAGAAUGCUGGGAACAGCAGGUCCACUGCCUCCUGGCCACGCUCCACAGCCUUCUGGGGACCCUCUAUGAGGGAGCAGAGACAGACCCCCUGCAUUACGAGGGGCCCGGCGUGGAGAUGGUGCUGCCCCCCACUGAGGACGGAGAGACCAACUUCCUCCUGCAGCUGCGCCUCCGCUUCUCAGGGCUGCUCAGAUGCCUCUGCAACAUGCUCAGCAAGGAGUUUGUCGCCCCAGUCACCGUCCCCGUUCAAGACAUCCUUGACCUCGUCUGCAGAGCCCUCGAGAUUUCCACCAAAAACAUUAGCUGGUUCGGGGAUGGCCCCCUCCGGAUGCUCAUCUUGCCUUCUGUCCACCUGGAGACCCUAGACCUUCUCUCAGCCCUCAUCUUGGUGUGUGGACCUCGCCUGGUGCGCUUCGGGGGGACCCUCCGCCGCCUCUUCCCCCAGGUUCUCAGCAUGUGGGGUGCUGGCCAGGAGCUCUUCCCCGCUGGACAGGAGCGGCCAUACAGUGCUGUCCGAACACGACUCUACCAGGUCCUGGACUUGUGGGUGCAGGUAGCCGGGGUGGCGUCAGGCAUUCUGCAGGGGCAUGGGACCCCAAGUGAGGAUGCCCUGCUGGGCCACGUGAUCAGCGACAUCAGCCCCCCAACGGACACGCUCAAGAUGCGUGAGGGGCACCCCCCCUGCUCUGACGAGAAGCCCAGCGCCAAGAAGCCCAAGCUGUCUGAGGUGGGGGGGCUGGAGGGGUCCCUGUACCAGAAGCAUGACCCCUGGGCCAACAGCAGUGUCUGCCUGGCUGCUUUGCAAGGUCUCAGCCGCACCCUCCUCCUCACAGGCAGCCUCAUCAAGGAACAAACGCACAAGGUGAGCUCACCUGCACUCUGUGUAUGUGUUCGUGAACGUGGGCCCUUGCUCCCCCUUCCAUUGGUGUAUGUGGCUGUGGCAGGGUGAGGCACGUGGUGGACA